CCUCCAGCAGGAGCCGAGUGAAAAAUAAAAUCCCGUCGCGCCAAUUUCGAAGUGUUUUGGUUCCGGAUGGAGUUCUUUUCAUUUCUUUAGCUUUUUAUUUUUAAUUUGUGUUAUUAUUCUACAAUGAAUCCCAAAGGAAAAGGCUCCGGAGACACGACUUUACCUCUCCAGUCCAGCAGCAGUGAUGGAGACGCCAUUAAGGUGUACGUCCGCGUGCGACCUUUGACCCAGGGCACCGGGCUGACGACAGACGGAGAUCGGAGUUUGUGUUUGACGGUGACCUCGGAUCACACGGUGCGUCUGAACUCCAAACCCGAGCCACGAAACUUCACCUACGAUCACGUGGCGGACAUGGACACGUCUCAGGAGUCGGUGUUCUCGCGUGUAGCUAAAAACAUCGUGGAGUCGUGCAUGAACGGUUAUAACGGCACCAUAUUCGCAUAUGGACAGACGGGUUCAGGGAAGACCUUUACCAUGCUGGGGCCGAACGAGCUGACGGAUUUCUCUGAUGAGCUGCGUGGUGUUAUUCCUCGUAGCUUUGAGUAUUUGUUCUUCCUCAUCAGCAGAGAGGUGGAGAAGUCUGCAGGAGCAAAGAGCUUCCUGUGUAAAUGCUCCUUCAUCGAGAUCUACAACGAGCAGAUCUUUGACCUCCUGGACAGCGCCUCGGCGAGUCUGUUCCUCAGAGAGGACAUUAAGAAAGGAGUGUUUGUGGAAGGAGCGGUGGAGAAAUACGCAGCUUCAGCCGCAGAGGCCUACCAGGUGUUAUCUAUGGGAUGGCGUAAUCGGCGUGUUGCGUCCACGUCGAUGAAUCGUGAGUCGUCUCGCUCUCACGCCGUUUUCACCAUGACCCUGGAGUCCAAGGAGACGGGACAGGAAGUGGUGAACAUCAGAACAUCUCAACUCAACCUGGUAGAUCUGGCGGGGUCCGAGAGGCAGCGAGACACACACGCCGAAGGAUCACGCCUGAAGGAGGCGAGCAGCAUCAACCGCUCUCUGAUGUGCCUGGGUCAGGUGAUCAUGGCUCUGGUGGACGUGUCCAAUGGGAGGAGCCGACACAUCUGCUACCGCGACUCCAAGCUCACCUUCCUGCUCAGGGACUCUCUCGGAGGCAAUGCUAAGACGUACAUCAUCGCUAACGUCCACCCAGGAUCCAAGUGUUUUGGCGAGACGCUGUCCACGCUGCAGUUCGCGCAGAGAGCCAAGCUCAUCAAAAACAAGGCGAUGAUAAACGAGGACACUCAUGGAAACGUGAAGCAGCUCCAGGCUGAAGUGAAGAAGCUGAAGGAGCAGUUAGCUCUCGCUCUGUCCACUCGCCAUAACAUCACCGAGCUCGCGCCCGGGGGACCGCAAUUACACACCGCCGGGUCUGAAGUCGAGCCUCCGUAUAAAACUCGCUUCCUGCAGGCUGUACGACUGUGGAGGAGACGAGAAGACGAGAAGAAGGUUCUGCAGGAGAAACUGUCUCGUCUGGAAGAGGCCUGGGCACAGAAGGAAAAAUUCAUUCAGUCCAACCGCAUGAUCCUGAAAUUCCGAGACGAUCGCAUCGCCCAUCUGAAGAGGGAGCUGGAGACGGGAGAGCGAGCGGAACCGGCACGGCAGGACCAGAUUCUUAUCGAUCAGCUGCUACAGGAGAUUAGCCUGCUCAGACAACAGGUGGAACAUCACCCACGCGCGAUGUGGUACGCAGCAGAGAACUGCAGCCUGAAGGAGGAAGUGCACGCUCUGAGAGCUCUGGAGUCGGUGAAGCACGCUCAGGAGGCCGCGUCCCAGUCUGAAGCUGAGCUCGAGCGGGCUUUUCAGGAGGUGUUAAAGUCAGAGGAGGGUGUGGAGGCAGCGGGGGCUCCACCUAUGUGCUCCACCCCGGUUACCAUGGAGACUCUGUCCUCUGUUUCCAUGGAGAGGUUGAAGGCCCAGUUGUUACAGAAACAGUCGGAGCUCACUGCCGUGGUGCAGGCGUUCAACGAUUACAAACAAGUCAGCAAGAAGCAGCUGCUCGAGCUGGAGUCUGAGAAACGCUACCUGGACAAAUCCAACAAGCACCUGGAAAACAUUUUAGAAGCUACUAAAGCUCACACCAAACAGGAAGUGUCGCAGCUGAACAAGAUCCACGCUGAAACGAUUAAGAUUCUGACGACGCCGACUAAAGCGUAUAACCUGAGGAACCGCUUGGUGCCCCUGUCCAGCCCGGAGCAUCUGAACGGCCACAGGGGCGACUCGGAGCUGGAGGACAUCGAGAGCGAACAACCCCCUCCUGCUAUGAGUGAGCUGGCCUGCGAGGCUCUCACUGAGGAACUGAAACAAAUGCAGGAGCAGAUGACUCGUCUGAAGAGCCAGCUGGAUGAGGAGGAAGCCAAAAACAGGAAGCUGCUUCAGCAAAUCAGCAAGCUGGAAGAGCAGGUUACUACGGCGACCGAGCAGUCCACUCGCAGAGCCGAGGACUUCAGCGCAGAGAGAAGUUCUCUGAUGGAGGAGCAGAAGAAGCUGCAGGAGAGCGUGAGCACUCUGGAACAGCAGCUUGCUGAGGAGAGAACGGCAGCGGAGGUGCUGCGUAGCGAGGUGUGUGACCUGCGGGUGGUGCUGCAGUCGUCAGAUAAACAGCUGGAGGAGGUGCGGAGGGAGCAAGAGAGAGAGAACACACAGCUGUCUAACAGCUUAAUCAGCACACAGCUGCAGCUGGACAAAGUCAGGUUGGAGUGGGAGGAGCUUCAGGAGCAGCAGCGUGUGUUACAGGACGCGUUCGACACUCUGCAGGCCGAGUCUAAGUUUGAAGCGGAUCAGUAUCACCAACAGCUGGAGGAGAAAACCAGAGAACACACCGAGCAGCACACACACAUCACUGAGUUGAUGAACACUCUUCAAGCUGAGAGAGUGCUGAUCAGCAGUCUGAGGUCACAGCUGAAAGCAGACAGAGAGAACACCUCCAAAGAGCUGCUGCAGGCUGUGGAGGAGAACUCGCUGCUCAAAAAACACAUCCUGGAGCUCACUACUCAAAACCAUCAGCAGGCUGAGAACAUUAAAUCUCUGGAGCAGAGUGUGAGCAGUGCAAAUGCAUCGAUCUCCAGCCUGGAGCAGAAAAUAGAGCAAGAUGAAGCCGUGGUGUUGGACCUGAUGAAACAGACACAUGAUCUGCGCUCUGAACUCAGACAGAAGGAUCAGAGUCUCUCACUGAUGAGCGCCGACCUCAGUGACAUCACUGUGAAAUACGGCGCAGCGUGUUCAGAGAGAGAGGAAACAAACAGACUGGUCUCUCGCAUGCAGGCAGAAAUCCAGGAGCUCAGAGAGGCUUCAGAGCGACGCGUGGCCUCCAACCACGUUGAGUUGGAGCUGCUGCAGGAGGAUCUGGCGUACGUCACAGAGGAAAUGGAGAAGCUCAGUAAAAGUUUAGAGGAGCAAACGACAGAGCUACAGAAAGCCGAGCGUCUCAGCGCUGAGAAGGACACAACCAUCAGCACUCUGCGGGAACAGCUGAAGCAGCAGGAGGAGCAGCUCAAUAUGAGGACUGUAAACGGUGGUCAUGCCUCUGCUACACCUAAAAUGAACCCACAGACGCCUCGCACUCCGCGCAGCUUCAACACGGAGCUGUCUCAGCUGUUGGAGAAUCAGGAGAAGGAGCUGGAGAGCCGACGCUCGUCCAUGAUGACGAUGGAGGUGCUGCUGGCCGAACUCAACGCCGAGCGCAUGGCCAAGAACGACGAGAUCCAGAGACUCAGGGCUCAGCUCAAUGAAAAGGAGAAUAUGCGUUUGGAGAUCCAGACUCUACUGGAGCAGUUCUAUAACACACAGAACCAACAAUCUCAGAACGGCGCCACCACAGAGAAUCUGAAGGAUGUGAUCCACCAGUCCGUGCUGCGAGACCUGCGUGAGGAGAGGAGUGCGAAGAAUACGCUGACGAUGCAGCUGGCUGAAGCUCAGAAGAGUCUACAGAACCAGGAGGUCACUCUGGUCCGGUCUCAGACGUGCAUCCAGGAGCUGACCACUGAACUCAGGAACCGCUGUCUGGAGCUGCGAGGAUUUCAGGAGAAACACAACGAGCUCCUGCAGGAAGUGGAGGUGUUGAGGAAGCAGGUGGAUGACCUGGCCGAGGAGAACGGCAAGCUGCUGGGCCACCAGAACCACAAGCAGAAGAUCGAAUACAUGGUCAAGCUGAAGAAGGAGCUCACCAAACUGCAGGAGGAGAACGAGAAACUCCGACACAAGAGUACGUCCUGAACAUCGGUACUGCGUACGCAACAACAGCGUCAACAUACACACACACACAUCUCCAUGCUGGACAUCUCAGGAGCUUUCACACACGGUGCUAGGAAUAUCCCGGGACAGAAGAACACGCCUCCUGCGUGGACGAGUUUAGCGUUAACCGGUGAAAUGUGCUGUAGCAUGAACACAUUGACUCCAUGAGCUUCUCUGUCCUUCAGGUUCACUGUAACUGCAACAUAAAGUGUAAAUAAUUUUUCACACAUUCAGGAAUGUUUUUUUUUGACUUGUAGAGGAACAGGAAUGAUCUUUGAGGCAGCUUCUUCAUCACUAUCUGCUCCGUUUGACUCACAAAAUGAGACUUUUCGAAAAGUCACAAUAUCUUCAUGUGAUUCAUGUGAUUUUUACUGAUGAAUUUAAAAAUGAAAUGUGAAAUAUUUUUGUGUCUUUAUGUCUCCUGUCCUGUCCUUUUGCUGUGAUCUCACAGUUUUAAUUUUUUUUUUUUUAAAUAAAAAUUGUUAUAGUUCUCUUUUUUCUUCUCGUUUUCCUUGUCCUAAUUGUCCUGUAUCUGUCAAAUCUAUUAAAUCUGUUUAAUCUCUGGUCUUUCUGUCUGUAUAAACACAUGUAGAAAUGACACGUAGUCCAUAUUUUUUGAAAAUAUAUUUUUUUUUAUUCAUGAUUUUGAACUUAAAUAAAUGAAGACAUUCCUUAAAGCUGGAGUUUGUAAUUGAAGUACAGGAAAUGCAAGAUCAGAUUAAAGCCAGUCAUCAGAUCAUUCAAUAAAUGUAUAUUUUUAUUUUUUACUGAUAAAGUUGCUAAU